AUGAGGACAGUCAUAGUGGGUAUCUUUUCUUUCAUGGAUCUAAUAAUAGUCAAGACGCAGUUGACAGCAAAUGUUGGUCCCGGUAUAAAUGAACGUCAUUCAAAUAGUGACUGGUUUGUAGCCGUGUUUAAUCGUUUUCUACACGAAGUUUCAUCUGUGCGGCCUUCAAAGGGGCCGUACAUACUUGUCUCUAGAGCUUACUCCCUUCGAAGUCUUUCCCCCGGAGACUUGGUAAUUUACUCGGUCUAUCCCGACGAUCAUUUUUCUGCGACCAAACUCUUUCUUCACUGCGAACCGUUACGCGCAGUCCCAACAAAUGAAUCGGAAUGA